AUGAAAUUUCUUUCGGCAUUUUUUCUUGGAAAUGCGCUAACGAAUGCAGCUGAUAGAUUUCUGCCGCCGUGGCAGUACGAUGGCACGGUUUGGCCUUUGCCGCAGAGUAUGGCGGUGACGCAGGAAUUUCAAAUUUUAGAUGCAAAUAUCCAGUUUGUUCUGACUCCUGAGUCGCCCCAAUGCGACAUUAUCCCCGACAUCUUCCAGCGAUACCAAGAUCUGAUCCGUUCCCACUUCAAAAUCGCCAGUUCUAGUUCCAAAAAGCUCAAGUUCUCAGCCUCCUCUGCCGCUGGAAUCAUCGACACAAUCGAGGUCAAAAUCAUCAACUGCGAAAACUACCCUUCUCAAAAUAUGAACGAAUCGUACACCCUUCAAGUCGGCUCUCCAACGCCCGAGAAAGUUGAAUUGACAGCCAGUGCCGAGUGGGGAGUAAUUCAUGGACUGGAGAGCUUCACGCAGAUGAUUCACAAUAUUGACUACCGACCGAGUGUAAACUCGACCAUGAUUACCGACUGGCCGAGAUUUCCCUUCAGAGGAUUUUUAAUUGACACUUCCCGACAUUAUCUUCCUAUUUCCGUCAUCAAAGCUCAGAUCACCGCUCUUUCUUGGAAUAAGAUGAAUAUUCUUCACUGGCAUAUUGUCGACCUGCAAAGCUUCCCUUAUGAAUCGCAAGUGUUGCCCGAACUCAGCUUCCUUGGAUCUUACACGCCACUCCAUGUCUACACCAUUCACGAAAUCAAAGACAUCAUCGAAUUCGCCCGCCUAAGAGGAGUCCGAGUUGUUCCAGAGUUCGACACUCCCGGUCAUACCGACGCUUGGGGACCCGGCGGUGGCCCGAAAUUCUUGACUCCUUGCUACCGCAAUGGCGAGCCCGACGGAAGCCACGGGCCAAUCAACCCCAUCUACCAAGAAAACUACGAUCUCAUGCGAAAACUAUUCACCGAAGUCAACGAAGUCUUUCGCGAUAGCUACCUGCAUCUCGGCGGCGAUGAAGUUCCAUUUGGCUGCUGGAAGUCUAACCCAGAUAUAACUGCGUAUAUGGCGAAGAAUAAUUUGACUACAUAUGCUCAGCUAGAACAAGUUUGGGUCCAAGGAAUGGUUGACAUUGCACAUGACUUGAAGAAGAACUACGUUGUUUGGGAAGAAGUAUUUGUCAAUGGCGUGAAAAUCUCAAAUGAAACCGUCGUUGAAGUUUGGAAGGGAAGAUCUGGAACAUGGAAGGACACCAUGAAUGCUGUCACGAAAUCUGGCCACAAAGCCAUUCUCGCCUCCCCUUGGUAUCUCAAUAUCAUCUCAUACGGUGUUGAUUGGGAAGGAUACUACGUUAUCGAACCAACUGACUUCAACGGCACCGCUGAGCAGAACAAACUUGUCAUGGGCGGUUCAGCGGCGAUGUGGGGCGAAUUCGUCGACGGAACGAACAUUCUUCAGCGAAUCUGGCCCCGCGCUAGCGCUGUCGCCGAGCGGCUUUGGAGCGACAAGUCAGUGAACCAGCCCGGCCCAGCGCGAUGGCGAUUGAACGAGUGGCGCUGCAAAAUGCUCGCCCGAGGUCUUCCUGCUCAGCCAGCGAUUCAGAAUCCAAACGUCAAUCCUAAUUUCGGAUACUGCCCUUAUCCAUUUGAUCCUUUCAACAAUGCCCAUUACCUUUUCUAA